AUGGCAUCUUCUCAAGAAGCUAUUGGCAAGAAUCUUGCCCAGCGGCAGCUCGGGGAGCCACCUCAGCGCGACGGGAGGAGGCGAGUCCGGGAGGCACCCCCAAAGUGCCUGCGAUGGAAGCCCGGGGGUGCGCGGUCCCGGCGGCCGCUGCCGGCGCUGCUGCUGUUCGUGCUGCUGCCGCCGGCCGCGGGCGCUGCAGGCGCUGCGGACGCGCGCUGGAGCGGGCAGGGCACCAUCCCGCACCUGCAAAGCAUCUUCCUGGGCCGCUGCGCGGAGUACAUUGCGGUGCUGAGCCCCGAGCUACGGGACAAGAACUGCACAGCCAUCUGGGAAGCCUUUAAACUGGUGCUGGAUAAGGAUCCCUGUUCCGUGCUUCCCUCAGAUUACGACCUUUUUAUUAACCUCUCCAGGCACUCCAUUCCCAGAGACAAGUCCCUGUUCUGGGAAAACAACCACCUCCUUGUCACCAGCUAUGCGGAGAACGGCCGCCGCUUUAUGCCACUGUGCAAUGUUCUGUAUGGCAUGGUUGGAGAUUUCUUGAGCUGGUGUCGACAGAAAAAUGCCUCUGGACUCGACUACCAAUCCUGCCCUACAUCAGAAGAUUGUGAAAACAAUCCUGUGGAUUCUUACUGGAAAAGUGCAUCCAUCCAGUAUGCAAAGGAUAGUUCUGGGGUGAUCUAUGUCAUGCUGAAUGGUUCAGAGCCAACAGGAGCCUAUCCUGUAAAAGGGUUUUUUGCAGAUUUUGAAAUUCCUCACUUACAGAAGGAUAAAAUCACACGCCUUGAGAUCUGGGUUAUGCAUGAAAUCGGCGGAUCCAAUGUAGAAUCCUGUGGAGAAGGCAGUGUGAAAAUCCUGGAAGAGAGACUGCAGAAAAUGGGUUUCCAGUAUAGCUGUAUCAACGACUACAAACCAGUGAAGCUCUUGCAGUGUGUGCAGCACAGCACUCAUCCCGACUGUGCCUUAAAUUCGGCAGCAACAUCUACUCAAAGAGAAGCCCUGUCCCUUUAUGCAGAACAAAGUGCCAGCUUUGUCUUUCCUCUCUUAGUGGCUUUGGCUUCAGUGGCUCAGAUGUAACUAGGAACUCAGCUGUGUUGCCCUAAGCAGCCUGCAGUCCUGAAACCUGCCCUUGCCCAGUCAUCCUUCUUGUUCUGUGUACACCAGGUGACUCCAUUGUCUAAAGAAGCUUCCUGCUGGGAAAACAAUGUCCUGAAAUGGGUUUUGAAUGAUAUACACGGUCAGGAUUUCAGAAAUUAAGCUAGUUCUAUUUAACUGGUUAAAACUACUGCAUUAACAAUUUGAUUGACAUAUAUACACUACUAUGUAUAAAAUAGAUAACUAAUGAGAACCUAUUGUACAGCACAGGGAAAAAAACUACUGCGUUAGAAUUAAAGCUAGUUAUUAUUUUCUUAUUUUCAUAAUGAUACAACAUAUUGAGACAGACUGUUUGUUAUAUAAGCAAACAUUUUAAGAAAAUUUUGAUAGAACUGUAUAUAUAUAUAUUUUUAUAUUUUCUUGUACAACCAGCAGGGCACACUGCAUGUUUGUUGAUAGCUUCAAAUAUAUGUAUACUAUAUAAGUGUAUUCAUACAUGUUUGGUAGGCAAAGAGCUAUGUAUAAUGAUGUCCAUUUAAGGGUUAUUUAUAAUGAGGGGGAACUAAACAUUCUACUAAUAGGGAACUCUUUGCAUAUGUUUUGGUAUAUCUGUAGGAUGGAAUAUCAUUCAAAUAGGAAAAGUUAUGUUUACUAGCCCAAACGUCCUUCAUCUGGUGAAUGGAUAAACUAACCUUGGUGUAUCUAUACAGUGGAAUACUACCCAGCAAUAAAAAGUAACUAGCUAUGGAUAAAUGCAGCAGUGUGAGACUCAGUGAGACUCAGUUGCAGCAUGCCAAGUGAAAGAAGCCAGACCAAAAGGCUGCAUACGGUAUAAUUCUGUUUACAGGACAUUCUGGAAAAUGUGAAACUGUAGGAAUGGAGAACUUUUUGGUGUCAGGGUUAAGACUAGGGGGAGGGGCUAACUGAAAAGGAGCAGCCUGAGGGGAUUUGAGGGGAGUGACAAGUCUGUUCUGGAUCAAUGGCUAUGGUGGUGGCGACAGGAAUCUAUAUUUGCCAGCACUCAGAACUGUAUGCCAUAAAGUCAUUUCACUGUUUGUAAAUUAAAAAUUUUCAAAAAACAUUUCGUGACGUAGAAGAAUGCCAACGAUCAGUGUAAGACAUAGGACAUAAAACUGUUUAUA